UGAAGAACGAAAGAGGGGGAACAAAACACCCGGAGCAAAGCACCUAACCCAUGAAUUAGGGUUUCUUUUUGGCCCGCCAUGGAUGCCUAAUCUGUAGGUCUGGAAUAUCUUCUCUUAUCUGCUAUUUUUCCUUGUUUGUAAUAGUAGAUUAUUGAUGGUUCUUCGCUUUAUGAAUCCGUACGGUCACAGCUCCGACUUCAACGAAUCGAACUGGUUGCUAUCCUUAAAAUGAUCGGUUUCUAACUUAGGGGUUUCGGUGGGAUUAAGGUUUUUUUAAUCAAGGGUUGUAAAUCUCUUGAAUUGGGUAUUUGGGUAAUCUGUGUCUGUCGUGAUUCUUUCCUUUCUUUUUAUGUUUCGAUGGGAAUGUGAUGAUAUCUGGAUUGGGUACGGUGAAGAAGAACGAAAGUUAGGGUUCUCGUUUGUUCUUGUUUUUGGGGGAAAUUUAAAGAUUUGCUUCGAUUUGAAGAACGGGUUUCUUUGCUCUAGGGUUCCUUUGACUCUUAUCAUUUUGGGGAAUAUAGGUGUCGGUUAAAAGAUAAUGUGUAUACUCUGCGUCAUACAGAAGUGGUCUCGGCGGGUUGCUACCAUGCUACCGUGGUUAGUGAUUCCACUUAUAGGUCUAUGGGCGCUGUCGCAGCUAUUGCCGCCGGGUUUCAGGUUUGAGGUCACCUCCCCUCGGCUGGCUUGUGUUUUGGUUCUUUUGGUUACCCUCUUCUGGUAUGAGAUUUUAAUGCCUCAGCUAUCAGCAUGGCGGGUGCGCAGGAGCGCCCGACUUAAAGAGAGGAAGAGGUUUGAAGCCAUAGAGAUGCAGAAGCUUCGGAAGACGGCUACCCGACGAUGUCGUAACUGCUUGAACCCUUAUCGGGAUCAGAAUCCUGGUGGUGGAAAGUUUAUGUGUUCUUACUGUGGUCACAUCUCUAAAAGACCGGUUCUUGACUUGCCUGGGCUGGGGCUUACUAACUCUGGUAUUAUAGGAGAUUUAGUUGGCAAGAAUGGGAAGAUGUGGAACGGAAAGGUUUGGUCGGAAAAUGGUUGGAUUUGUGGUCAAGAUUGGUUAGAGAAUGGCAACUGGGUUGGUGGGUCUUUUGCAGGGAAGACAAAUAAUUGGGGGAAGAAGGGAGGUGGAUUUUUCAGCGGUGAUGAUCGAUGUGUGGCAGAGAAAUCUUCUUCUGGUUUUGUUUUCGCCUGCAAGCUGUUAGCCUCCUUCUUUUUAAGCAUAAAGUGGCUUUGGAGAAAGAUUUUUAGGGUCAGCACGGCGAGGGAAGAUGCUUCGCUGGAUGCGGAGCAUAAUGGGCUGUUGACUAAGAAAGGUGAAAAUGGGGGAAAUUUUCAUCAGAGCAGGGGAGAGAAGGCCCGCAGGAAAGCUGAAGAGAAGAGACAGGCUAGGUUAGAGAAGGAGCUUCUAGAGGAGGAGGAGAGAAAACAGAGAGAAGAGGUUGCAAAGUUGGUGGAGGAACGUAGGAGACAGAGAGAUGAGAAGAUGGAGGCAGAGAAAGAGCGUGGAAAAGGAUCAGCUCCUGACGGGGAAAAAGAUUGUAAGAGAGAAGCUGAAAAGAAGCGCCAGGAGAGAAGGAAAGAAAAAGACAAAGGGUCUAGUAAAAGUAAUUCUGAUGUAGACGAGCUGGAAAAAAGGGCCGGGAAGGAAAUUGAAAAGAAGCGAGAAUUCGACAAGAGGACUGGGUUUGAAAGACGAGAAGUUCAAAAAAGUUCUGAAAGCGUCAGGACUCAAAAUGUGGAAACUGGGCAUGGUGUAAAGGUUACCAAUAUGAACAAUUUUAGCAAGGGAGGUGCUGGAGGUAGAUACCUGGAUCGUAUGAAAGGUUCAAUACUUUCUUCUAAGGGCUUUAAUGGAUCCAAUUUAUUUGGAAAGGGUGGUUAUGCUGCUGCAACUGUUGUUUCAAAAACAAACAAGUAUAAUGGUUCUGUAGAUCAUGUUCAAGCUACUGGUAAUCGAAGAGAGGUAUUCUUGAACGGACAUGUGGCUGAUAAGGUCCCUGAUGUCUGUUUCCAACGUCCUGUUGUUUCAGAGCCACAGCCAUGGGCAACCCCCAAAAAAUCAUGGCAGCAACUAUUUACUCGCUCAUCAACAGUUCCUUCAUCGUCCAAUGUGAAUACAAUAAGCAGACCAAGUUUGAAGGCUCAGGCAGAUGUUCGAAGUUCACAUUUACCUGGUCAAGCAUCACCAACACAUCCUUUGGAUAACUCAAUCCAUUUUGGACCGUCAUUGCCUUUCAAUAUUUCCCCCUAUCCAAGUGGUUCAAUAAGUAGUGGUUCUGUUUCUUCGGCAACUGAACCCAUGUUUCCUCUUGCUGGAGAUGCACAUGAAUUUAUGUCAGAACCAGAGCUUUUUGAAGACCCAUGUUAUGUCCCUGAUCCGAUCUCCUUACUUGGACCUGUUUCUGAGUCUCUUGACAAUUUCCCGUUGGACCUGGGGAGUGGGUUUGUUGCAGAUACUGGAUUUGAAAGGCCUCGGUCUUUGCAGAAUGCUUCUAUUGUUGGCGAAAUUAACAGGCCAUCUCCGAUUGAGUCGCCUAUUUCACGUGUACGGGUUGCUGAAGAAAGGCAAAUCACCUCGAACCAUUUGAAUACUUCACCUACAGAGAUGUCAAAUAAUAUGCAUGAACAGGGGACAUGGCAGAUGUGGGGCACACCUCCGCUUGGUCAGGAUGGUCUGGGUUUGGUAGGUGGGCCAGCCAGUUGGCUUUUACCCUUGAGCCAGAACAUGUCAAAUCAGGAAGAGGUUAUGCUUCUGUCACCCCGCAAGGCAAUGGAAUCACCAUUUGCAAAGGAUGAUACUGUCCUUCCUGGCAGUUGCUCACCGCAGAAAGUUCAUCUUGGUAAUUGCCAGAAUGGUGGGAUUUUUAAUGCUCUAGGUCCUGGAUCAAACGAUAACGGUGUGUGGUUGCCAAAAACUUUCCAGCCAUUGCCAGGUGAUGGUGAAAAUCAUUUCCCUCCACUGAAACCUCGUGAUGAUAUUUCUCAAAUUGAGGUGACUUAUGGUAGUCCAAGCAAAUUGGGAACCGACCAUCCUUAUGAACCGUCUCCAGCCAAUCAUUGGUCCAAAAGGGAUUGGGCUGUAAAUGGUUCGAGGGAAAGCAUUGGAAACUCAACCUUGGCAAGGCCUCAGAUUGGAGGUUUAUUUUCCAGCCCAAAUGUACAGUCACUUUGGUCAUUUAAUUGAAAAGGGGAGGGGAAAAAAACUUUAAAAAAAAUAAAAAAAAAUAGGGCAAGGGCAUAAACACUUUCCUCCCUCCCCCAUCUGUUCCGAAAGGCAAGCAGCCUCUUUUGAGGAGAUUUCAGAAAUUGGUUGCUUUGUAUCUUUUUUUUUUUUUUGUUCCUUAAAUGAAAGUGAUGGUUCGCAUACAUUAUUAGAGCAUGAAUAGAAAAUGAGAGAUGGCAUGCAUGCAUUCGUGCAUCCUCGGUUGUAGGUCA